AGGGUUUGGAUACUCAGUUGCUUUAUUUUAACAAUGUUUUUUUUCUCUUUAUAUAACAAACACAAGAGAGUGUUUGCUAAAAUACAUAUAACAUUCAGAAGAAGCUCUGGAAAAUCUAGAAGCCGCUGGUCAGGAAACUUCUACUUUCAAAAAAAUCUCUGUUAGUACUGGAUGCGACUAUAGUAAAAAAGGAUCCGAGAAACUUUCCUGCAACAUGGUGCCAACAUGCCCUGGUCCAGUUGGGCGUUCGUCAUUUGCAGAAGCAAAGAAGCGACUGCAAAAGCUCGAGCAAGAAUAUCAACACACUUACGAGAAGUACACAGAACUACAAUCAGACAGGUAUAGGUACUACGUUGUUUUACAACAUCCAGGACAUCACAGUUCCUGGGUUGGCUGCUGUAUUAAUGUCAGCGAAGGUUUAGUGGAGCAACUGCAGAAUGUUCUUGACAAGCUGAAUACAGAAGAAGCAUCACAAAGAGGAAGAGAACCACCUACAAACGGUAAGCAAUUCUUCUUGAUGCACGGUUGUAAAAGCUUGGCACAAGAAAAGAUGGUACUGCAACAUCUAAAAGCAGAAAACAAAGAGCAAUACACUGAUGGCCUGAGUCAAGAAACAGUUGACCUCAAAAGAAUUAAGCGGGAGUUCAGGUGCAUUCACAGAAUAAUUCCACAGAAUAGCAGCAAGAAAUCUAUACAUGAUCUGUUGAGGAGAGUUAAAGAGAUACAGAAGUUGACAGAAAAGGCUAUUUCCAAUGGUGCACUAACGGGCAACCGCACGAGUCUGGACGAUAUGAAAGAUUCUACAAGUGUCACAAUAAAGCUUCUGGCGAAGGUAAUCAGAGAAUUUGAGAAAGAGAGAAUGGAGAUUGAGAACAUCUUGCAAGACAGAGUACAUUUUGCAAGAAAAAAUGAAAAAGGGUACACAGACAAAAUGAGAUUUCUACAGGAAAAAUGUAAAUGCAUAGGUGAGAAACGUGAUGCAGAAAAGAAAUACUUGCUCGAUCUGAAGAAAAAUUUCAGGGCGAGGCACAAAACUGCUUCACAAAGAAAAGGCUGCCGAAAAGGAUAACUUCUAAGACACAUGCAAAGAUCUAUUCCAAAGAAUAGAAGCAAGACGCCUAUAUAUGUAUGGAUGAUGAACUGAUGAUAAGCUAUCAUGUUGUAAAUCACAUUGAUGAUUCCUUUUAUGAUACACCUCUCCUCUAUAAGAUGUAUAUUACAAUAUUUCCUUACCAGAUCAAUAUAAUAAGCAACCAAAUCAUUUUCGCUAUUGUAUCAUUGGCUAUGAACAAAGAAAUUCUAUUAAACAACUAA